ACACACACACACACACACACUGAUGUCCCUGUCCACAGGAGUGAUGCUGGAUCAGGUCGUGUUGGUAGCAGCCGUCACUGUGCUGGGAAUGUUGGAGCAAGCGUACUUCUCCCUGAAGGUGAUCUACGCGCGCCGCAAGUACUCGGUCUCUCCGCCCGCCACCACCGGCCCACCCGAGUUUGAGCGGGUCUUCCGAGCCCAAGCGAACUGUUCAGAGUAUUUCCCCAUUUUCAUCUUCUCACUGUGGCUGGCUGGAGUUUUCUUCAGUCAAGCAUUGGCAGCGCUCUUCGGGAUCCUGUACCUGUAUGGCCGGUAUCUGUACUUCCAUGGCUAUGCGGAGUCGGCUCAGGGCAGGCUGGAGCCGCUGUACUUCAGUGCUAAGAUGCUGUGGGCUCUGAUCGCUCAGUCCGGGCUGGGUGUCGUCUGCUCCCUCACACACGCCUAUCUGGGACUGGACCUGAUGCACUCCUUCACUCAUCUACUGGGCCUGACUGAACACACAUGAACAACAAGCAGCAAUAUAAAACAUUUAUAUAUCAAAUAUAGGAUGUUAAUUAGUGUUUUUUUUCUACUGAGAAUGUCCAAUAGUGGAAGUAUACAUCUCACAGGAGAAUUAUGUUUUGUUUUUGUAUCCUAAAUACAUUUAAAUAUUUAUUUUGUGUAAUUUUACACAAAUUACAACUUGACCAGAAUUGGCCCACAAUAAAAAUAUUCGGCUUCCAAGUGA